AGUUGAUUCAAUCAAAAAGGAAUUGAACUCAUCUACUUGUCGGAUUGUCAAUGAUUCUGUAUUGAAUUGGCCACUGGAGUUCGAGAUUUUUGAUCACCAACACAAUUUGGACCUGAAGUGCUGUCAAUUAUCAACUCUCAAGCCGACCAUCUCCCUCUUACACCAGAACUUGUGCGACACUCGCGCGCGGGGGCUCGCGCAGUCACCUCACCCCAAAAAUUCACAAUGCCCCCGAGGAAACGAGGAAGGUCGAGCGUGGCUACGACGGCGGCCGCAGCUCAGGAGGAUGAUGCGAUGGAAGUCGACACCCCCCAAGCGGCCUCGACUCCGACUACGACCACGGCCCCCACAACGCACCCCACCGUCGACCUUACCAGCCCAUGGACCGACGACCAGGUCGCGUCGCUCUUCAAGGGCAUAAUCCGAUACAAACCCGCGGGCAUGCACAAGCAUUUCAGGAUGAUCGCUAUUUCCGAGCACCUGAGAAAGCAUGGAUUCGACCCAAACGUACUCAAGCACACGCGCAUCCCGGGGAUAUGGGAGAAGCUGGGGACCUUUUACAACAUCGACGUGAUUGACGAUCGCGAGAAUAACAUCCUCGACGACGAGAGCCUUGAGAAAAGAUGGCUAGAGUUUCGCCUGCCCGUCGGCGAGUACCACGAGCUUCAGGAUCAACGUCGUUACAGAGCUCCGGGAGAUGACGACACGCCUGCGACCUCACCGGCGCAAUGGGAUCCAGAUGAGAGCCCAGAUUCGCAGCCCAACCAAAAGGCCGUGGCGCCUGCUGCCCCAUCGACCAAGCGGAAGCGUGCGGAGCGCCUCUCCAAGGCUCGGUCCAGCACGGUAGAGGACUCGGACGAAGAGCCAACAACUCCACCCAAAACUGCCCGAGGCGGAAGGGGUGGUCGAAGACGAGUCAGCACGAGAGUAAAGGCUGACAACAACAACAACGAGGAGGAGGAAGCGGAAGAAGAAGAGCAGGAGGAUGAGGACGGGGAGGACGACCAAGACGGGAGCGACGAUGAUGCAGCUGAGAAUUCGAGUGAAGCUGAAGGCUCCGCGAGCGAAGAGGCGGAAGCUACGGCAUCCACGGCAAAAUCUACACGGGGCGCUCGCGGUCGUGGUGGCAGAGGCGGUCGUGGUCGUGGACGUGGUCGGGGAAGACGAGGUCGGGGUGGCUGAUCACCCGUUGGAGACCACUGUUCUUUUCUUGAAUGAGAAAGUUGCCUCGGGGCUGUAACAACAAUAGUGUGCUAUAACAAAGCGUUGCGCAAGCGAGCUACGCCUAGGUAGCGUGUUGGCUACCUCAUAUACCUACCUCAUUGUAUUUUUGAGGCAAUUCAUCUUGCGGAGGUUAAGAUAAUUGGUUAUGCGGGAGCAGGGAGACCGGUGCCCGACAUGUAUAAAACCUGACAAUAAAAUGAUACAAUUAUGAUACCCUCAGAGACACUCG